CACACACCAUCCGGGCCCACGGUGGGACCCAGAUGUCAUGCGCUGUACGGGCGAGCAACUAGCCCCCACCUCUUCCCAAGAGGCAAAACCUGCCCCAACCUCCCUCACACUUUGUCAGUUUGCCGUCGCUGUCGGCGCCGCCGCCUGUCCUAAUCUCCUCUGAGUCCAGCGGCCACCUCCUCCACCGGGAGCUCCCCGUACCAUAACCGCAGUCCGCAGCCAUUGGAAUUUCCGCUUCAUGCGUGGAUCCUCGUAGACCCCGACCCGCGUGCACUCAAUCCCUAGGCGGCGGCCUCCGGCGCGAGGCUAGCGGGCGGCACCCAUGGCGUCCGUGGCGGAGCUCAAGGAGAAGCACGCCGCAGCUACGGCGUCGGUGAACUCCCUGCGCGAGCGCCUCCGCCAGCGCCGGGAGACGCUCCUCGACACCGACGUGGCGAGGUACUCCAAGUCGCAGGGGAGGGUGCCGGUGAGCUUCAACCCUACGGAUCUGGUCUGCUGCCGCACGCUGCAGGGCCAUAGCGGAAAGGUAUAUUCUCUGGAUUGGACCCCUGAAAAGAAUUGGAUAGUCAGUGCCUCUCAAGAUGGAAGGUUAAUUGUGUGGAAUGCAUUGACAAGCCAGAAAACACAUGCCAUAAAGCUGCAUUGCCCAUGGGUUAUGGCGUGUGCUUUUGCACCCAAUGGCCAAUCUGUCGCCUGUGGUGGUCUUGAUAGUGCGUGCUCUAUUUUCAAUCUCAAUUCUCAAGCAGACAGAGAUGGGAACAUGCCAGUAUCAAGAAUUCUUACUGGACACAAGGGCUAUGUCUCAUCAUGUCAAUAUGUCCCAGAUCAGGAAACACGUCUUAUUACUAGUUCAGGUGAUCAAACAUGUGUUCUUUGGGAUGUUACUACUGGACAGAGGAUAUCAAUAUUUGGUGGUGAAUUCCCAUCAGGGCAUACAGCUGAUGUUCAAAGUGUGUCCAUCAACUCAUCAAAUACAAAUAUGUUUGUCUCUGGCUCAUGUGAUACAACUGUGAGGCUGUGGGAUAUCAGAAUUGCAAGUCGAGCUGUUCGAACCUACCAUGGACAUGAGGAUGAUGUUAACAGUGUGAAGUUUUUCCCUGAUGGCCAUAGGUUUGGUACUGGCUCAGAUGAUGGCACAUGUAGAUUAUUUGAUAUGAGAACAGGGCAUCAACUUCAGGUGUACAGUAGGGAGCCUGAUAGAAAUAGUAAUGAACUACCUACUGUUACAUCUAUUGCAUUUUCAAUAUCAGGAAGGCUACUUUUUGCUGGUUACUCCAAUGGUGACUGUUAUGUGUGGGACACACUUCUCGCCGAGGUGGUACUUAAUUUGGGAAACCUGCAAAACUCCCAUGAUGGCCGUAUAAGUUGCCUCGGGAUGUCAUCUGAUGGGAGUGCAUUGUGUACAGGAAGCUGGGACAAAAAUUUGAAGAUUUGGGCCUUCAGUGGACACCGGAAGAUAGUUUGAAGGCCAACUUUUCUCCCCCAUGUUGUAUGUUCCUUGUUGCCCCUUAACAACGGACAGUGGUGAUUGGUGACCAACUCGACUUGUUCCUGGGAAUCCCUUUGUUGUUUUGUAAGCUCUGUUCGCGCUAUGUUUAAUGGAAAAAUGUGCAAUUUGUCAGUGUCACGGCGCUACAUCUUGUUGAGUUGGUAACUGUUUAUACUGUUAUUACGAGAAUAUCAGUAACGUGUGAUCUGCCCUUUUCUUUGUACAACCGUUUGAUCUUUUCAGGUUUUGUGAAGUAGCAUGUAUUUCCUUAAUCAAUUUAUCAUAUCAGUUUGUCCAUUUGCUGAAUUAAGAACAUUAGCUUAAUGGGGCGUACUAUAUGCAUUUUAUGUUUAGUAAUCACCACACUUUUGAAGCAUGAAUUUCUUUGUGCAUCCUCCUCCCUCCCUUUGCCCCAGCGACUGGCGAGCAAAGAAUGGGGCGUGCAGGAUUCAAACUUUGCCUCACUUCCUUCCCUGGGGCUAGUUUGGGAACUAUUUUUUAAGUGAUUUCUAUUUCUCCAAGAGAAAAUAAACUAAUUUUCUUGGAAAAAUGUAAAUCCUUUGGAAAAUGGGGUUCUCAAACUUGCCUUUUCAUAUCCACUUGUCUUGUAUAAAGAAAAAAAUAUUAUAAAUAAUCAUAAUAAUGCACUGGCAACUAACUACAAAAUACUAGUAUUUAAUAUAUGUGCAUGAGGCAAGGCGAAGCAAAUGUUUAUCUUGAGUGUACUCUCGAAGUCAUAAAAUAAUAAUAAUAAAUAAAUGUACAUGAUGCGAGGCGAGGGAAACAUCAAAUAUCAAAACUGUUGUUCCAGGUAUGCAUCUUUCAUUGACUUGUCAUUCCCACUAAGAACCCAGCCAAACUCCCAGAAACGUCCAUGACCCAGGAGACGCUGCGAGCCAACCGAACCUUAGGCUGAGUCCACCCUCUCGCCCCUGCCACGUCAGCUCUCGCCUCCACUCUCGCCCCGGCUGCUCCAGUGCACAGGCUGCAGCAGGCUACAGCCUCAGGCUAUAGCCACGUCAGCUUUUCUAUUUCAGAAUUAAGUAAUUCACGCGGAUUUAUUUCAACGCUGAGAAAACACACAACAUAAUAUUUUUUAUUGAAUUAAAAAUUACAAAGUACGUAAUAAUUAAAAUAAAAUAACAUGAUAAUUAAAAUAAAAUUACAAAGUAUAUAUAGAGGGAUUGGGGAUGAAAUUUGUGAUAUUUUGCAAUUUUUUUCGAAUUUUUUGGGCUCCAAACGGUCAAAAACGGCUAGUUGCAACGGCUAGCACACGUGGACCAAUCAGAUCGCGACACGUGGACCAAUCAGAUCGCGUCACGUCGCUCUCGCCCGCGCUCUCGCCCCGCCAGUGCCUCGCCUCCCUCUCGCCUCCCUCUCGCCCGCCUCUCGCCCAGGCGAGCGCUCCAGCGCGGGCGAGAGCGAGGCGAUAUCGCCCGCUCUCGCCGGGCGCCAGCGCCAUCGCCCGGCGCCGGCCUCUCGCCCGCCUAUCGCCCGCGCGCGGGCGGCAGCGGCCUCUUCUCGCCCGCGCUGCCGCCCGCACUGGCACCAGCCUUAGGAGUCGAUGACACUUCUAAGCUCUGUUCUUCAAGCAAGAUGUCCAACCACCUCUUUAACAUAUAUUCUUUCACUGCAUUCACACCUUUGUUCACAAUGACCUCUGGUGGCAUGGCCAAGGGAUUCUGCUCCAAGUUGAGCUUCUCCAAUUUCAGCCGACCAAAAGUGUUAGGGAGAGCAUGAAUCUGAUUGUUGCUCAGGUCAAGCUCACGGAGAUUCAGCAAAUCACCAAACGAAGAGGAGAGCUCCUUUAAGUCAUUGAAGGUGCUGCUAAGGUUGAGUAUUUCAAGACUGGUAAGCUUCCCAAAAGCAGAUGGCAGACCGCAUAGUUCAUUGAAAUGGGCAUCUAGAAGAUACAACGACGUCAUCUCACAACAGAUGAUGGAAGAGAACACAAUUUAUUCAUUUGGAUCCAAAGUUAUUGCAGAUUUACUAGCUCAUAAGCAACACUUGUCGGCUGAUAAAUGAGACCAUUAUAACUCACAUCAAGCUCAACUAGCGACUUGUAGUUUGAUAGCAAUGAGUUAGAUAGUAUAAUUUACCGGCUAAAGAACAGAACCAUAGUGCUAUCUACCUGCACUUGGUAAAAAUAAGUCAAACGGAUUAGGAAGUAAAAUAUUUUAACUUCAACAUAGAGUUAAAACAUCUAAAAUUUAAUUAAGUAUAAAGAUCUACCACAUGAAAUAGAUAUGCUAUAAAAUAUAUCAAUAAAGAAAUCUUUCAAUACUUAAUUGAUAUUCUAAUUGUUAUUAUUUUAUUAUGUAGUGCUUUUAAAUUUAAGAUGAUUUGAUUUUCAAAAAUAGCAAACACGACUUAAAGUUAUAGUUUGUGAUGAAGAGAAUAUUUUUAAUUGUAUCAUGCAAUCUCUGCUCAUACUUUAAAGUUAUCAGUGUGUUGUUCAGUUGUUGUACCCGACUAUCUCUCUCUCUCUUCUCACUUACUGAUGGACUAAGAGCACAGUAUAUAUCUAUAGACUUUAGAUUACGUUUAAAGUAUGGACAGGGACGGGACGGUAAAUUUAGAGGCCCUGUACUAAAAUUUAAAAGAUGUCCUAUUUUAUAGAAAAAAAAUAAAUCAAAAUUACAUUGUAAUAGAAUUUAUGUAUUCUGAAUUGCAAAAGGUUUACUAGAUGUGUUUGAAGAGCAGCAAACUAGCUGCUAACCGAGUUCAGCUUAGAUAGUGUAAUGUUAGUCUGCUCACUGAUACAUAUUGUUUAGGCUUACUAUAGAGCUAAAAAGUUUUUUAGACCCCUCAGAAUUUUGGGCCCUGUGCAAUCGCACUUGUCGCACAUGGGUGAAGCCCGGCCCUGAGUAUGGACAUAGAUUGCAUGAUACAAUAUUGAGCCUUUAAUUAUAAAUAUAAUUUAAAACAUUAUAUAGAGAGUCGUUUAGAGUCGAGUUCUUCGUAAAAAGCUUGUCUUGUAUUUUUUUAUUUAAAACUUUAAAGACCUCUCAAAAGAUGGGAUAUUAAAUGGGUUGCACAAGGGACAAGAUAAUAAGGUCAUUUUCAAUGGAAGGUUUCAUGGCACUAUUUUUAAGACCGACAUGUCAACAUUUAAACAGUGUAUACAAAGUUUCAUCCCAUAAAACUUUCUCAUCCCUCAUGAAAUUUUGUCAUAUAUUUCUUUAUUAAAUUAUACAACAUGUUAUCAUGCUUAUGUGACAUGCCAUUUAAUGAAAAUAAAAUCCAUAAAACUUCCACAGAAAUGACCUUAGGUUAUAUCCAAGGAAGCAAACAGAACUUGCUGGCACAGUUGCCGCUAUCCAAGUAUCCAGCCAUCCUAGUCCAAGGCUAGUAGGCUCCGUCUCCUAGGUGGCUGGUGGUGGCAUUCAAAAUGGUGGCAGGCCGCAGGCCGAGAGACCCACCGAACCGGCUGACAAAAAUUUCGAGCAGCAGAGUAAACAUGGCGGGAAUUUUUGGCGCCAUCCAUUCUCCCGCCGCCGCCUGCCUAUUUAGCCCCCGGCGCCCGCCGUCUCUUCGUCCACUCAGCCCACUACCUUCCAUAUUUUCCCUCAUCUCCCGCCGCCUGCACCCAACAAGCCUCUCGACGCUAGUCAUGGCCGCUUCCAACGGCGCCGCCGCGGUCGACGAGACCGUCGCCGCCACCGACUCCGUGCAGGAGCCUCCCCAGAAGAUCUCCAAGAUCUCUCCCCUGCUCAAGGUGAAGAAGCUCUCCGAGAAGGCCGUGCUGCCGUCCCGCGGCUCCGCUCUCGCCGCCGGCUACGACCUCUCGAGUGCCGAGGAGAUGGUGGUGCCGGCGCGUGGCAAGGCGCUCGUGCCGACCGACCUCAGCGUCGCCAUCCCGCACGGAACCUACGCGCGCAUCGCGCCCAGGUCGGGGCUGGCGCUGAAGCACUCCAUCGACGUGGGCGCCGGCGUGAUCGACGCGGACUACCGAGGCCCCGUCGGCGUCAUCCUCUUCAACCACUCCGACGCCGACUUCGCCGUGAAGCCCGGCGACAGGAUCGCGCAGAUGAUCAUCGAGGUGAUCGCGACGCCCGAGGUCGCGGAGGUGGAGGACCUCGACGCCACCGUCCGUGGGGACGGAGGGUUCGGGUCCACCGGCGUCUGAAGGGAUUCGGUGUCUAGGUUAGGAUGGCGAUGCAAGCCUUGGUGUCUUUUGUUGGCUCUAAGAAAUCGUGAUGUUCACCAUCACUAUCCUGCUAUCGAUAAUUAGUAUUGAGAUUAGUACGUAGGUUGCGUAGUUAGCUCGAUGCACGUACUAUUGUCGAGAACUCGCUAUUCUGUGAUGUUGAAAAUGUCUAAUGAUCCUGCAGUACUGUCGCAUUAGACCCAUGAAGAAGCCCAAUUUGACGGCGGA